GCAUGGCAAUCGUUUGUUGCGUACGAUGCGUGCUUCCGGCUUUGCCUCAAUGCGUGGGCUAAAAACUGCAUGGAGGCUCCGGAAUUCCUUCGCGACGAGUGCAUGGUGUUGCGAAGCGCCUUUGGAAUACAGAAAUUUUUGCUUCAUCCAAGGCGUAAGGAUCAAGAUGAUGGAAAACAUGCCUAUGACAAGGAUGAAACUUGUACCAUGAAGGCAAGGAAAAUUGUUAAACAGAUUGAAGUCGAAGUAAAAAAGAUACGUGUUGUACCGCAAAGGCCAAAGCUCCGCGCAACAUCAUCAUUUAGAAAUCUCUACAUGCAAGCCGGCAGCGAGUAUGUCAGACAGAUUUCUAAAAUACUGAAGAGCCAGGUUACCAUGCUGACGUCCACAUCAGCUACAUCUUUGCCGGAAGAAAUGUUCACAUGUACUCUAGAGUUGAAAAGCUCAUGCAAAGGUCAACAAAGAGAUUCCAUUUCUCUGCAAUAUUUAAAGCCAGGGACUGGUGAAUCUCAACUCUUUUAUCUAGAGAACCAGGGGGACACUAUUCUUGUUGAAGUACAGGACAACAAUAGGGCUGUCAUAGGCCGUGCAGAAAUUCAAGUAUCGUCAUUCACUGAUACCCAUGAGGAAAUGACUAGAUGGUGGCCUCUAUACCUUGACGAUCAAGAAUGUGUAGGCAAAAUUCAGCUUUGUAUGAACUUGUCUGUGUCUUCCGACAGUUAUGGAUCUGAAAAGAUGCUACAAGGUGGUCUAGCUGUGGAUACUAUUAUAUAUGACAUGGUUCUGGAAGCAGCGAUGAGAGCUCAAAAUUUCAACAGCAAAAUGUUGCACAUAAGUGGUUCAUGGAAAUGGCUGUUGGAUGAAUUUUCUGAUUACUAUGGGGUAUCAGACGCAUAUAGAAAAUUGAGGUACCUGUCUUACAUUAUGAAUGUGGCGACGCCAACAAAGGAUUGCUUGGAAUUGACAUAUGAACUGCUUCUCCCUGUCAUGAAAGCACGGAAUGAUAGAACUCUAACGAGACAAGAGAGAAGUUUACUGCUCGACUGCGAAGAUAGGAUCAACGUUCUUCUCGCGAUUGUGUUUGAAAAUUAUAAAUCACUGGACGAGCACUCUAUUACUGGCUUAUCGGAACUAUUUGGCCCUAUAUCAGAUUGUGCUGCACCAGCUUUGGCACCUGCAGUUCAGAUAUUUAGUGUACUGCAUGAUAUACUCUCGAGUGAAGCACAAAGCAUACUUAGGAGCUAUUUGCAGACUGCUGCUGCAAAGAGGUGCAGGAGGCAUAUGAUUGAGACAGACGAAUUCAUGUCGAGCAAUAAUGACAGCCUUCUCACUGAUCCUAUGACUAUUUCUGCUGCAUAUCUCAAAAUGAAGACACUAUGCAUUAACAUAAGUCUUGAAAUUCAAGCAGAUAUCAAGAUUCACAAUCAGAAUAUACUUCCAAGUUCGAUAGAUCUUCCGAACAUAGCAGCAUCCCUCUAUAGUACAGAACUCUGCAAACGAUUGAAGGGUUUUCUUUCUGCAAGUCCCCCAUCAAGACCGCUACAACAUGUUGCUGAACUGCUCAUUGCAACUGCUGAUUUUGAGAGAGAUCUUGACUCCUGGCAAUUGAGACCUGUCCAUGGGGGUGUACUUUCGAGAGAGUUGUUCCAUGAUUACAUCAUGGUGUGGGUUGAAGAUACCCGGUUGCACUUGCUUGAUUAUUGCAAAGCUGAAAAGUUAGCAUACCCUGCAGCAUCAACAACUUCACCAUUUGUCGAGCAAAUAUACGAGCAAAUUAAAGAAAGCAUAAAUGAGUAUGGAGUGGUUAUCAACAGAUGGCCUCAAUAUCUGAUGAGUUUGGAGAGUGCUAUUGCUGAUGUCGAAAGAGAAGUUAUGAAGGCAUUGGAGAAGCAAUAUAUGGAGACUCUAAUGCCUUUGAGAGACGGCAUACCAAAAAUUCUUGAGAAGCAUGUUCAAAGACUGACAAGAAGACAAUCGAUAGCUCCAUAUUCUGUGCCAAAUCAGCUAGGAACAUUCAUGAAUACAGUUAAAAGAAUGCUAGAUGUGUUACACUGCCGAAUUGAGGAUAUUCUCAAAUCAUGGGCAGCAUAUCUAACCAUAGCAAACGGGACCACGGUUUUUGGAGAGCAAAUGAACUCCAUCACAGUGAUGUUGAGGAAGAAGUACAAGAAAUACCUGCAAGCAAUAGUGGAGAAGAUUGUUAGUGAUACACAAGCUAACCGUACAACGAGGCUAAAACGGAUUCUUGAAGAAACAAAAGAGACUGAAGGUGAAAGCGAGAUGCGUGAAAGGAUGCAAGCUCUCCGUGCUCAGCUCUCUGAUUACAUGCACAACCUCCACGAGGUCUUUUCCAGCAGAAUAUUUGUUGCUAUUUGCCGAGGUUUCUGGGACAGGCUGGGCCAGAUUGUGUUGAGAUUUCUUGAGAGCAGAAAGGAGAAUAGGAUUUGGUACCGUGGAUCCAGUUACGCUUUAGGGAUCCUGGACGACGUCUUCGCAUCAGAGAUGCAAAAGCUGUUAGGCAAUGCUCUCCAGGACAAGGACCUGGAUCCUCCGCAAUCAGUGAUCGACGCCCGGUCUAUCCUCUGUUGAGGGCUUGUGAGAAGAACCAUGAAUUGUUCAGAUCGAUCUCUACUCAUAAUUCUGGUGAGAAGAUCUGAAAUAUGGCCAGAGCAAUAUUUUGGUCGCAAGAGGUUGAAGCUUAUUGUUUGGUGUGCAGAAUAUAUGU